GGCUUUUGGGCCAGAUCUACACCGAGAUCGGGCGUGCAGUCCUCGACAUUUUAGGAGGAGCUACUCCAACUAUUGAAGACAGCAUGGACAACAUUGAACUACGAACGCUAAUAGUAGACAAUUAUGACUCUUACACUUUCAACUUAUUUCAAUACUGCUGUGGGGAGUCUGGGGAAUUGCCGGUCGUCAUUAGGAAUAACCAGUUUUCCUGGGAAGAAGUCAGGGAUAAGAUUCUACCUCAUUUUGAUUGUGUGGUAAUUUCACCUGGACCGGGACGACCAGAGCGGGAAGGCGACUUUGGGAUAUGUGGACGACUCCUGAAAGAAGCUUCAAUACCAAUUCUUGGCGUUUGCCUCGGGCACCAAGGAAUGGCAACAGUGUUCGGGGGGAAGGUGACCCACGCUCGCGAAGCUAUACAUGGUCGAUUGAGUCCAGUAUUUCACGAGGUGAAGCCAGCUACCCAGUCGGUGGGAUUGUUCGACGGGCUUCCGACUCCGUUUCAAGCCGUGCGAUACCAUUCAUUGAUUGUAGCAAACAACGAUCUACCCUGCUGCUUGAAGGUGACCGCGUGGACUCCGGACCCACAGGGUGAAGACAUCAUUCAGGCACUUGAGCAUGUUGACAAACCAAUCUGGGGUGUGCAAUUUCAUCCUGAGUCCAUAUGCACGGAAGGAGGCAGAUCGAUUAUUGGAAAUUUUCGCAAGCUCGCUGUUGAAAUACUAGCGAAGCGUCAUCCGAUUGAAUUGAGACCGCCAUUACCUCCAGAAGUGAAAGCAGUAUCUGUCAUACCUGAUGCGCUCAUCUGUCCGAAUGUGACUGAUUGCAGUAUAUCCAACACCGAAGUAUGCGUCCGAAGACUUGCAGAUGUGUACAUGGAUACCGAGGAAGUGUUUGAACAUCUGUAUUCGCAAGAGGAUGUCAGCUUCUGGUUGGAUUCCGCAAAGAUUGAGCAGAAAUUGAGCAGAUUUUCCGUGAUGGGAUGCGUUUCUAGCUCUUUAAGCUUCUGCGUCAGAUACUCGGCAAAAUGGCGAACUGUCACAGUUUCUCGCCCUGAUAAACAGAAGCCCGGCACACGGCCGCAAAUUGCAAUUACAGAAACAGUCACUCUUAAACCAGAGGAAAGUUUUUUCACAUGGAUGUCCCGUUGCUUGCAGUCUCGUGGACUUGGAUCAACGCGUAUCAUACUUGAGGAAGGAGAAGAAGCACCACCGUUCAACUUCACGUGCGGAAUGGUGGGGUUCUUCGGCUAUGAGAUGAAAGAAGAAAGCUUACAAACUGGCGGUAGAUCCUUCUUUGCUGAGCUGCCAAACACGGGUGGACCUUGUCGAAACGGCGAUGUUGGUUCACUACCGGAUUCCGCGUUUAUCUUUGCUGAUCAAGUGAUUGUCUUCGAUCAUGUUGAGAAAUCGAUGUACCUUAUGGGAGUUCGUGAUAGUAGCGCCGACUCUGCCAAAGAACUAAGGGAUUGGAUGGACCAUACCAUAAUAAGACUCACCGAAAUCCAACUGAGCAGUACCUUGUCUGUACAAACACCCUCUCUCCGGACCGGGGCAUUGUUGCAACAUUCGGUCCUGAGCGGCUCAACGCCGUCUUCACCAGUAAUGAAGCCAACUGCUGCAGAUAAACAUUUGCGACGGCGAUCAUCAUCAGCACAUCGAUCUGGCCCAGCGCUGUAUCGACUUCAGCUUGCCCAUGAUAGAAAACAAUACAUCUCGAACAUCCACGCAGCUUUGAAUAAGAUCACCGACGGUGAGACAUACGAAGUAUGCCUAACCACAAAAAUCAGCACACGGAUACCGGAAACCUCGUCGGAUCCAUUUAAGAUGUAUACGCACCUGCGAAAACGUAACCCUGCCCCAUAUGGAGCAUUUUUGCGAUUCGGAUCAGGGUUGGCUUUGGCUAGUUCGUCUCCAGAGCGAUUUUUGCGGAUUGAAAAGGAUGGCUUGAUGAGCAUGAAACCUAUCAAAGGAACAGUACCCCGUGCGACCAAAGUGAACGGCGAGACCGAUGAGGAAGUACGGGAGGAGGAUGAACGGCGACGUCGUGCGCUAGAAUCGGAUGAGAAGAACAGAGCAGAGAACUUGAUGAUCGUUGACCUGAUUAGAAAUGACUUAAAUCUUAUAUCCGAGCCAAGAAGUGUCUGUGUUCCUGCAUUGAUGAAGGUGGAAACAUAUGCCACCGUGCAUCAGCUGGUGACAACCGUACAAGGACAGCUCCGACAUGACCUAAAUGCUGUUGACGCAGUUAUGCAUUCCUUUCCUCCAGGAUCGAUGACCGGUGCUCCCAAACUGCGUACUGUAGAGAUCCUGGAAUCAUUGGAGGGCACCCCUCGUGGUCCAUAUUCGGGAGUUCUUGGCUACUUUUCACUUAACGGCGCGGCCGAAUUCAGUGUGGUCAUUCGAACAGCAGUGUUUAGCGGAAAUGAUGUGUCGGUGGGCGCAGGGGGUGCCAUUGUGGCUCUCUCGGAUCCAGAGGAGGAAUUUGCGGAAAUGCUUUUAAAGGCAAACUCGGUGCUACCCAGUAUUAUGCAGGUUUAUGGUGUAGGUCCAUUGGACGCCAAUUAAUAGCUGUGGACACUCUGCCAAUUUUGGAAGAUUCCCCGUGUAUAGAUGUAGAGUUAGAUACCAUGCGUAUAUAGGUUACUAGUACGGGAUGAAGCGAAAGCGCAACUGAGUUAAUCAGUCUUCUCGUCAUCGCUAUGUCACCACAAGUGUUGUGGGACCAUGAUACUGUAUAAAAGCACAACAACACCUUGACAAUGGCAGAACUACAUUAUUUUGAUUAAAUACACAGUCUAGUG